AUGGCGGAACCCUACCAGGAGGACACACCUGGAGUCUCCAUGAAAGGCGUAAAAAUCUCCGGCAGACCACUCUACCUCGACAUGCAAGCGACCUCCCCUGUGGACCCCAGAGUCCUAGAUGCCAUGCUUCCUUACUACCUCUCUCGCUUCGGCAACCCCCACUCUCGAACCCACCUCUACGGCUGGGAAUCGGACAAGGCCGUCGAGUCUGCUCGGUCCCAAGUCUCCGCUCUAAUCAACGCCUCCCCUAAAGAAAUCAUCUUCACCUCCGGCGCCACCGAGUCCAACAACAUCUCCGUCAAAGGCGUCAUGCACUUUUAUCGAGAGAAGAAGCGUCACAUAAUCACCACCCAAACUGAGCACAAGUGCGUCCUUGAUUCUUGCCGUCAUCUCCAACAAGAGGGCUUUGAUGUAACCUAUCUUCCCGUUAAGCCUGAUGGUCUACUCGAUUUGGAUGAACUCCGGGCCGCUAUUCGGCCCGAUACGGGUCUGGUAUCGAUCAUGAUGGUGAACAAUGAAAUCGGUGUGAUUCAACCGAUGGAGGAAAUUGGGAAAAUCUGUAGAGAAAUGAAUGUGCCUUUUCAUACAGAUGCGGCUCAGGGAUUAGGGAAAAUUCCGAUUGAUGUGGAGAAGAUGAAUAUCAGUUUGAUGUCGUUGAGUGGGCACAAAAUUUACGGGCCAAAGGGAAUUGGGGCAUUGUAUAUGAGACGAAGGCCGAGAAUUAGGGUUGAGCCGCAAAUGAGUGGUGGUGGCCAAGAGAGGGGGAUUCGGAGCGGGACGGUACCGACUCCAUUGGUGGUAGGGUUUGGGUCUGCUUGCGAAUUGGCGAUGAAAGAGAUGGAGUACGAUGACAAGAGGAUUACUGCAUUGCAAAAGAGGUUGUUGAAUGGGAUUAGGGAAAAGAUUGAUGGGGUGGUGGUGAAUGGGAGUGUGGAGAGGAGGUAUGCGGGGAAUUUGAACUUGUCUUUUGCGUAUGUUGAGGGAGAGAGCUUGUUGAUGGGGUUGAAGGAGGUGGCAGUGUCGAGUGGUAGCGCGUGCACUAGCGCGAGUUUGGAGCCAUCCUAUGUACUGAGGGCGUUGGGGGUGGAUGAGGACAUGGCACAUACUUCAAUUAGGUAUGGGAUUGGGAGGUUUACGACGGAGGAGGAGAUUGAUCGGGCAGUGGAGCUGACGGUGCACCAGGUUGAGAAGUUGAGGGAAAUGAGUCCUCUUUAUGAGAUGGUGAAGGAAGGGAUUGACAUUAAGAGUAUACAAUGGUCACAACACUAA